CCCCGGGGCGCUGGGAGAGGCGCGGGCGGGGCGCGGCCGGCGCUGGAGGCGGGCGGGAGACCGAAAAGAAAUGAAUGUCAGAGAGGAUUUGUUUAAUCAUUUAACAGCUGACACAAGCCAUGUCCGUAACAAAACGUUGGUGAAAAAGUAGAAGAUUUCUGGGACACAGCAGCGCCGGUACUGUGAAGCCGCUUCUGCAGGUCAGGAGCAGCGUUUGCUGGAGGAUGCCGUAGCCCAGGAGGCGAGGCUCGCAGGGACGAGGUCGAUGGCUUGCAUGGAGCUUCUCUACCUGGCCGAGGAGAGCAGACAGGUGCCCCUGGGCACUGAUCCAGGCUGGAGCCUGCCCUCCCAUCCUUAUGAGCAGCAGCAGCRCGAGGGGGAUGAGGUGGACCCCAGAGCGGCCGCUGCCGUGGCAGCCCUGCACUGUGAACGGCACUGCAAGCCCUUGCAAAGGGGCCCUGUGGCUGAUUCCUCCCUGGCAGCCCAGCCCCUCUCCCUGGGCACCUCGCCCCAGGAGCACCCCGCACCCUCCCAGCCCUGCCACCCAGCCCAGUGCUUGCCCAGGGAAGAGGACGGAGGGAAGAAGAAAGCCUGCUGCUGUGCCCAGGAACUUGAGACAUCGUUCACCUAUGUGGACGAAAAUGUAAAUCUGGAKCAUGCAAGAAGUACCCCCACUCCUACAGGUGGCCAGGAUGCCCUUUUGCAGCAGCAUUCCUGCAGGGAGCUGCCACCUGAAUGGGUGCACGAUUCUCCUUCUUUAAUCUCCGAGGAGGACGAUGCUGCCUCGGAGGCAGCGGCUGGGAAAUCCGUUGACUAUGGGUUCAUUAGUGCCAUUUUGUUCUUGGUUAGUGGCAUUUUGCUGGUGAUAAUUUCCUACGUGGUACCCAGAGAUGUGACAGUGGAUCCCAACACUGUGGCUGCCCGGGAGAUGGAGAGGCUGGAGAAUGAGAGCGCAAGGAUCGGUGCUCACUUGGACCGCUGUGUUAUCGCUGGGCUGUGUCUCUUGACCCUGGGGGGCGUGGUGCUCUCCAGCCUGCUGAUGAUGUCCAUGUGGAAAGGGGAGCUCUACCGGAGGAGCAGGUUUGCAUCCUCCAAGGAGUCUGCCAAGCUGUAUGGAUCUUUCAAUUUUAGAAUGAAGUCUGGAGCAAAUGAUAAUAUGCUCGAGCUGUCGYUAGUUGAGGAAGAUGUGCUUGCCAUAGAUAAUUAGUGUGGUCAUGAUUUUUAAGGCAGCAUUUCUACAGGAAAACAUUUCAUUAAAGAAAGCAGAUGCAGCUAAAGAUAGCUGGUGAUGCCAUUUAUUUGUCUGACAAGAAUGGUUUUAUCUUAAGCKCUAUAAUCAAAUGUUUGCAAUAUAUGARUACUUGUUGUAAAGGGGAAAUGUGCCAGACGAAAUGCAAAUGAUAUAAAAUAAUGAAAACCACUGAAUAAAAAGAGAUUUGUGAUAAGUAGGUUCCUCAGAUACUCGUUUAUCCUAAUAUAAAACAUUCUGCUGGUGUCUUGCCUUUAUAAUUUUCUUAUUACUCAAGAAUGACCUUGACACUUUGGAAGCUGUUAAUUUUUGAAGCCUGCAGGAUUAUUAAGUGUCUAUUCUGUAGAGUGUUAAGAAACAGGACCAAUAGUCAAAUAGCAGGGCUAAUAUUUCAUUGAGAUGCUUUUUUAUUCUUUAAUUUUAAGCAGAUCCCUUCUCUUCAGUUGAGUGACAGCUAUGGAAAGAAAGAACACCACUUGGUCAUGACUGGCCACAAACCUCACAAAUUUUCAAACAAUUGUACAAUUAGCGAUGAUUAUUUAAAAUAUAAAAUAAGAGGCAAAGGGCAGGAAACCAUAUGGCUCAUGGUAUUGGUAGGAGACAAAAGGCUCUUUCAGCUUGAGGUCAGUGGCUCCAUUUCAGUUCAGAUUAGCAAUGAUUGAUAGUCAUUAACUUCUGAUAGCUGUAGUGACCAUAUAAAGGAAGUUUAGUUCCUGGUGGACAGAUGUCUUUGUAUGAGAGCUGCCAUAACAUGAAUUAACAGACCUCUUGUUUGGAGUCUCAAAAGACCUAAAGACUGAAAAAGCAUGGGGAUGCUGAGACCGGACACUUCUCCAGUACAGACACCAGAAAAAAUUCAAAUUCAAGCUCAGCUGCAGGGCUGUCUGCAUCUUAUUAGUCCUUUUUGAAACUUCAGUUUUAUGUCACUAGGCUGUCAACCUUCUCAUAACCAGCAAAGAAAGGUCAGGAAGGGGCUCUCGGAGACUCAUUCAAUAAAACCCAAUUUAUUUGUAGAGAAUAAAUCAUCAGGAAAUACAGAGGUUAAGUAUCAGGCAGUUUACUGCCUGACAUAAGACUCAGUUAACAUUAGGGGAUGAUCAAGGGUACAUGUUGCUAUUAAUCUCAGUUCUGUGUCACUGUAGCCAAAAACCUAAAGCUAUUUGCUUUAUUGUCAACCAGUUUCUGUGGAGCAUUGACGUGUUCUUGCAGAGCUGGGAAAACCGACAGAAAUUGUUCUAUGCACCAGUGUCAGUUCUUACUGAGCAACGGUUAAUACAUAUAUAUGUGUGUGUAUAUAUGUAUCUGUGUCUUAUUAAUAUGUAUAUGUACAUUAUAUAUGUAUGUGUCCCUGACAAAGCCAAACAUGGGUGAAGAGCUCUGACUGUGCAGUCUCUGACUGCAGUCUCAGAAGAAACAUGUGACAGCCUUCUCAGUUGUCAGUUAACUCUCAAACAUCAGGAAUAUGAAUUAUUUUUUAAAUGAUACAUUUUUUUUCCCACUGUGACACACAAGUUCUCUUGGGAAGGGAUGAGGACAUCUCCUUAUAGUCCUUUUACCUAGGAAUGUAUGGCAGCACAAAGUUCAGAGUAACAAGUGGAUGGUGGAAAUGUGAGUUCCUCACAGAGAAACUGAACGCUAUUUUGCUUCUUGGUUCUUCAUUCCCCUUCUCCGGCUGUUUUCAAGCGAGACAAGUGCAGCCCCCGGGUCUGACUCAGCCUGCUCAGUCCCUUGUGCUGGCAGCUGUCACCAGGGCCCAGGGAGCCACCCUGCUCCGGGUUYGUGCCUUUGGUCAGUAAUUACCACAGUGUGGUACUCAGGCUUUAAUGCCAGCCCCACAAAAGAGAUCCUGCUUCACAUGUUCUCUGCUCUAGCUUCAUGUCAGUGUUUCUCAUUAAAUGAGCUGCCUUAUUAGAGGGUGCUGCUGUCCGGUAGAUGAUUCUCCCAGUUUAUGUCGUGAUACACAGCGUGUUCACAGGCAGUACUCAGCAGUGACCAGCAUCUCCACAGUCAUCUUUGAAGAGUUUACAUCCUCCUGGAUGUGUCUUCAGGGAUUUUGGAUUGGAUCUCUAGGGUAAAUACAUGAAAUGUCUUCUUAUGUCUGGAAGCUGCCUUCAGCCUGUUGUGAUGAGGACAAGUGAGGAAGGAACUARCCUGAGAAUCUGGAUGCAGAGCAGGAAAGUUCCUCCCUCGCUUGCCUUGGCCUGCUGGGUGUGUGGACGCUGCKUGCAGAGCUUGACACUUUGCUCAAGGUGGGAAGGUGGGAACAGUGCUUCCUUUCACCCUGCCCCGAGGAUUGAAGGGUUGCCAUGGCCUCCACAGGUGCAGGGAAAGCUGUGCCAAGUGAGAGCACAAAUGGUGGAGCUGGGGUCAGCAAGACAGUGAAGGGUUGGGGGUGGAUGUCUCGGGGGAUGGAAACCCUUUCAUCUGCUUGGGCCCUGUGGUCUCACCUACAUGACAGAAACUCUAAAACUGAGGCUGGUGAUUUUGAGAGCUAUUAUUUUUAUUUUUUAACUAUACAUAUGCAUGAAAUCGGAAUACAUUCCAUUAUUGCCGAAAGAUGACAGCUUAAGCUGUAUGGAUCACGGAUUUCUUGUAGGAACCAUGACAUGCCUUAAUGCUGAUUAUUAGCUCUAGAAAAAGGAACGCUCCCCUGACUGUCAGUGUGUUAUUGUCAAGUGAGAAGUCUUCUGACACUUUGUAAAAUGCCUGUCACAGAUCAUGAACCUGCAAUACUUUAAUGAGCCCUGAAAUUUUCCCUGAGCAUUUUAAGGAAAUAUUAGUCAACCUAAUAAUCUAAAUACACACUGCAAAAGUGUGAGGAGUAAGAAAAUUUAAACGACAGGACUAACAGAGUUUCUUUGUUUUGGUAUAAGUGUGUGCUACGAAAGAGCUGAAGGAAGGCCUUCAGAGUGCAGGAAUUUAGCAGAUUAAAAUGUUCAGGACAUUUCUCUGAUCACCUUUACAAAUUGCAGCACUGUGUAAGUUGGCAGUGCAAUAUAAAACCUCUGGACUCUCAGGUUCUCGUGCUGUGAAACCAAACACAGACAGAAACCAAAGCACUUGCUGUCUGGUGGCUGAUGGUGGAAAUGAAUGUCCGAGCCCACUGGUGAGUGGACAGACCUUCACAUGGCUCACCUCGCACGGGACAGUACCAAAGGGUGAGGCCUGGGGACACCGACUGCCCUCUCAUGCACCCUCGCAAUUUGACUCCCCCUGCUCAAAAUUUAAAUGCUUUAAAGGUAYAAAUGUGAGAAAAAUUAUUGGUGUUGUUUUCAUUGCAUUGGCUAAAGUUGUCACUUGAAUCGUUGGAGAGCUUUCUCUUUUGGGGAACUAAAUUUUGGCAUAUACCAAAUCGAUUUUCGGUGCUCUCUAAACAUAUCAGCAUUCCGAGUACAGAUUUCCGAGUACCCUGGAAACCGAACAGGAUUUGUGCCCUUAAUGAGUUUAUUUCUGACCACCCCAGCUGUCAAAUGUGACACUUUGCCAUUUUCUACCUCAUUUUGACCCAGCCUCUGCCUUCRCACUGGAGGUGUCCGGGAAGGGAGGUUUCCCCGCAGGAGGCGGCAGCUGCCAAGCGUGCGCGUCCCUGCAGCUCCAACAGCUCCCUGGUGACCCUGUCCACAGUUCUUUUUCUCAGUCAGGUGCUGUGGCUGAGGCUGGACAUUGACACCUGCAGGGGAUGCCCAUGGGAGUGGAGUGGAGGCCGUCACUGUCCGGUCCCAGCCCCAACGCCGCCGGGUGCCCAGCGUGGCUCCCACCAGCCUGAGCCGGCCACGUGGCAGAAAUGCCUGAGACUCUCCUAGGAGGCUACGCUGGGUUGUUGCUGGUUUUUUAUGUGUUUACAAUUUUUUAUUCUUUGUAAAUUCUUUCAAAAAUCUGUCUGMAAUGAGUAUAAAGUUUACUAAGAAAGUAAAUGGUUUAAUCUUGUAAAACUCUUUGACCCACAGCAGGGUGAAGCAUCGCAGUCCAUCGUGAGCUGUUCAAUAGUGCGUUUGAUGCCUUAUUACAGUCGCAGCCAUGUUCUGUACAGAGCGAAAAAUAAA